AUAACCCACCCGCCUGCGCCUUGAUUUUUCCUCUGAGAGCAGAAACAUGCGGUGUUUCGAAAGCCUCAUUCGCCGCUCUGAAAAGCACGCCUGGAUGCCGCCGUGUACAGCCUCUGACACCUCGUGAGCUCUGCAUCUUUAAAAGCGAAAAAAAAAAAAAAAAAAAAAAAAACGCACAAGAAAAACACACAACCAGCUCAGUCAUAACUGUGGGAUGAUAAGGACUACCUCUUUUUACUUUUGGAGAGAGCCAAGCCGUUAGGAGAGCAUUCAGCAUCAGCUGUUCAACACUGGUCUCUCAUUGCUGGAAGUCGGGGCUGAAUCAGUCACAUGACACAACUGGAGGCAGAGAUCUAGAGAAAAGGCACAGCAUUUCGGCUUGCACCGCCAUACUGUAUUUUGAGCCAUAUCACAUUUUUAUUGCAACAUUUUACUCCCGCUCGGUGAGUACAUUUUCAAUGGCUUUUUUGUAAGCAUUUUUUUGUCUUUUUAAUUGCCCCCUUUUUUAUUUUUACUCCUUUUGCUGGUGUUUGAAUUGAGCAUUGACAUGGUGGUUUGGAGCGUUUUUCACAUCCAGGCUUCAAGUUUUUAGCAUGCAGAUAUUCUGAUCGAGAGUGCCAAGAGGGUAAACGUGUGCGUUAUCGGUCUUGAGAAAGCCUUGACUUGCUUGCAGUUUUGUUUCGAGGGGUCGAAACCCAAGCAGGUUUUGUCAUGUAUUGAGAUUUUUCAAAACAUUUACUGGUGGUUUUGAAACAUUUUUAUUUUUUUGUUUCUGUCGACUUUUGCUGUUGCUAUGCUUUGGUUUGCAUUUUGCAGUGUUGUUUGUUGCCUUUCGAGUUUUGUGAUUUUGAUGUCUCGGUGAAAUCCCACCGAUCAAACCCUUUGCUUUUACUUUGUUCCUCUUUUCUUUAUAACCGGAGUCAUUUUUAAAGCCCGAGCCUGACGUUUUAACCUGAUACUUUUCUUGCAGUACAGCUCACAGGUUUGUUGUUUUUGUGUUUCUCCUCUUUUUUCGAUUUCAUUAUACUUUUGCUGGUGGCAGUGUCAAGUAUUUUUGGAUGUUAUCGUUUUUUUUUUGUUUUUUGACUAGAUGAUGCUGGGUGGACAAGGGGAGUUUUGAUUCUUGGGGGAGUUCAAUGCGUUUUUGUUUUCUGUACCAACGAGGAUGAACAGACAUUUUCCGUUUUGCAGGAGGGCAACUGGAGGAGAAUGACUGGUAAAACCCAAACCAGCAACGUGACCAACAAGAAUGACCCGCGCUCUCUCAACUCCAGAGUCUUUAUUGGCAACCUCAACACAGCCAUCGUUAAGAAGACGGACAUAGAGGUCAUCUUUGCCAAGUAUGGGAAGAUAGUGGGGUGUUCGGUGCACAAGGGUUACGCCUUUGUACAGUACAUGAACGAGAGGAACGCCCGAGCGGCCGUGGCGGGAGAAAAUGCACGCAUCAUCGCCGGACAGCCUCUCGACAUAAACAUGGCGGGCGAGCCUAAGCCGUACAGGCCUAAAGCCGGCUCCAAACGACCGCUCUCAGCUGUUUACAGCGGUUACGAAUUUGAUUAUGAGUACUACAGGGAUGAUUUCUACAGCAGGCUCUUCGACUACCACGGGCGAGUGGCCCCCCCCCCCAGAGCCGUGAUCCCUCUCAAACGCUCCAGGGUGCUCGCCCCCUCCUCCCGCCGUGGGAAGACCUCCUUCCCCAUCAAAACAUCCUCCUCUUCUUCCUCCUCAUCCUCCAGACCUCCCACAUCAUCCUCCUCCUCUGGGCUCAAACUGAAGUCAGACCAGCUCCAGACUAUUAAACGGGAGCUCACUCAGAUCAAGAUGAAGAUCGACUCCUUGCUGGGACGCCUGGAGAAGAUUGAGAAGCAGCAGAGAGUCGAAUCUGAGGCUCAGAGGAAAUACGAGGACAACUGUGACUCCCUGCAUGAGGAGUCUGUGUCAGAGACGGCGGAAAACUCUGGGGAAGAGGCCGGGGAGGGGGCGCUGGACGUGGAGGCAGGAGAGAUGACCGACGGAGGCGAGGAUGACUACGACGAAGAGGGCAGCCACCAUCUGAUAGAAAACCAUGUAUCGGAUAUCGACAACUGAACUCAGGAUGAGGAAGCGGACACCCCCAGCUGGUGGUAUUUAGAUUCAUCAUCACCUUCAAGAGACAAAAAAAAAGGAUCUCUGGAGGAUCAAGACACCCAUUCUGGACUGUAAGUUGCAUUCAAGAGAUGCUGAAUCACAUUUAGAUGCCCAGCUGUGCAGCACAAACCGAAUGUGAUGCGCUUUCUCUAAAAGAAAUUGUAUUCGAGACCCAUUUUAAUGCAUUGGCCUGAGUUUACCUCACAGACAUUCUGUGCAGUUUACAUUUCAUUGCAACAGGCUGACAGUGAGUGUAAUGAAUUGAAUUAUGUGGAAAGAAGGGAACGUGAUGUCGUUGAUCAAUUGUUGAUGCUUCUGCAAUGUGUUUGCGCUGUAAUUCCAUAAAUUGUUUUUUUUUUUUCGAGAAAAUCAAAUGAAUAUAUGACAAAACAAUCCACGACUGCAGUUUGAUAUUUAGAAAAUGAAUGAAACAUCAGUGGCGUCUGGUUCGGAUUUAACUCAUACAUAAGCCAAUAGCUGUGAGCAUAACUUUAUCCCGCUUUAUCCAUUUAUCACACAAAUGCCCUGUGGGGCUGUUCCAUCAUAUAUUCCAACUCCUGCCAAGUUUCAGAAGCAGAAAAGGCUUCCUGAGGUAGCGAGCCAACACUGGUACAGGCUUCCUGCCAGGGAGCAGUGCCCUAAAGUCUCAGAGCUCCUCUACCCCUCUCAGCCUGUGCAUCUCAACAUGGACUGCUGCUGUUCAGGAGCCAACGCCCUUUCAGCCCUUUCAACUCUUUCAGUCUUUUUCUCCUUCUGCAUCCAUUUCUAUCUCAUGUAGGUUCAGGGCUGAGCUGAGGAACAGCGCCAGACAUAUUAUUACUUUUAAGUCACAUGUGGAGAGGUUGUAAUCCAUAAAAACACACCCUAAACCCCUAUUUGACAAUGGCUUAACCUGCCUUAACUGCAUGAAAAACAAGGUGGUAAUACAACAAAA